AUGGUAUCUGCCAGCCCGUUGGUGUCUAAACCGCUCGGUUUACCAGCGAAGCUGCCAUCGUCAGCUAGCCCCAUCUCCGCAGCAAUCCAGUUGUUGCUGAUUCUUAUUCUGUCUCCUUUUUGCUGCGGCCUCUCGGGAGACAUCUGCCGCCGGUCCUUCUCUCUGUUACCAGCAGCAGCAGCAGCAGCAGCAGCAGCAGCAGAAAGAGCAGCAGCAGCAGCAGCAGAAGCAGCAGCAGCAGAAGCAGCAGCAGCAGCAGAAAGAACAGCAGAAGCAGCAGUUGGAAAUAAAGCAGGAGGAGGAAAUGCAGCAGCAGCAGCAGCAGCAGCAACAGCAGCAGAAACAGCAACAGCAGCAGCAGCAGCAACAGCAGCAGCAGCAGUCACUGCAGCAGCAAAACCAGCAUUUGUAUUAAACGUCCACAGCAACAGCAACUGCACCACCACCACCACCGCCACCACCACCACAGCAGCAGCAGCAACAGCAGCAGCAGCAGCAGCAGCAGCAGCAGCAGCAGCAGCAGACCUUGCUUCUAGUUUUCUCUCUAGACUCGCGCUGCUGGACCUGCUGCGGGAGUGGAGACUCUCGCUGCUGAUGCUGCCCCCCAAAGAAGGAGAUACAGAACGCCGCCGGCUAGCUUUCUCCCUGCAACACAAACCCUAA